CCUCGGCUUUAGCAGCGCGCAAGCUGCUGGGAGCGUCCGGGAUGAGCGCGCUGGAGGCCGACCACUGGGCGUGGCUGCUGGUGCUCUGCUUCGUGUUUGGGUGCAAUGUCCUCAGGAUCCUCCUCCCGUCCUUCUCCUCCUUCAUGUCCAGGGUGCUGCAGAAGGAUGCAGAGCAGGAGUCUCAGAUGAGAGCAGAGAUCCAGGACAUGAAGCAAGAGCUCUCCACUGUCAACAUGAUGGACGAGUUCGCCAGAUACGCCAGGCUGGAAAGAAAGAUCAACAAGAUGACAGAUAAGCUCAAAACUCAUGUGAAAGCACGGACGGCUCAGUUGGCCAAGAUAAAAUGGGUUAUAAGUGUUGCUUUCUACAUAUUGCAAGCUGCCCUGAUGGUCUCCCUCAUUUGGAAGUACUAUUCUGUUCCUGUGGCUGUGGUGCCGAGUAAAUGGAUAACCCCGCUAGACCGCCUGGUAGCAUUUCCCACUAGAGUGGCAGGUGGCGUUGGAAUCACCUGUUGGAUUUUAGUCUGUAACAAAGUUGUGGCCAUUGUGCUUCACCCUUUCAGCUGAAGAAAAUGAACACAUCGCUGAUAUUUUUCAAGAUGAAUUUUCACUCAGGUUCACAGCCUGACUUACACUGUUUUAUUGUUUUUUGUUUGUUUGUUUGUUUGUUUGUUUGAAGAAACAAAAGAGCACAGGUUAGUUCUUUUGUUGAACCUGCUUGUUCUUGGACUUUACGUGAGAUUCUUAUAAGAAUUACGAUUUGUAUACUUGUCAUUGAGCCAGAGAGGCCUGUGCCUGUGUACUGGGCAGCAUAGUAGCAGGUUUGUGGUGAUAAAUAUGUGACAUUAUGGCAUCUUCAUGUUGUUACUCAUGAUUUGCACUCGGCAUAUUUUAAAGGUCAUGUUGCCAAUUGGAAAGUGAAAAUUUUUUCAAAUAACUUAAGUACUUAAAGACUUCAUACUAUUUUUAACCCAGAUUAGAAAGCAGUUUAAUAUCACUACUAGAAUUUGAACACUUGUUUUUAAUCUCAUGCAGUACUACUGAAAGAACAACACUAACUGACAUUGCCUGUAUUUUCUUCUGUUUAAAGUGUCACUUGUUGAGCAGGUCUUUGUGGAGUAUUAUCUACUUAUUUGAAGCUGUUAAUUUUUAAUUUCCAGGUUUUGUAAAUGUAUUCAUGAUACCAUAAUGCAUUGUUUUGUGCUUGAAUUGUGUUUUGUACUUUAAGCAUUUAAAAUGAUGUGUAUUUUAUAAGGAUUUAAUAUUUAUGCUCCAUAGAAUGGAACACAGUUAAAAAACAAAGUAGGAAGCCUGAUUAAAUUAAUUUAAAUGGA